AUGGGAAAUCCAUCUGACGACCCAUCUAUUAAUGACCCACCAGGUGGUCCAUCUGGUAAUGAAUUAAUUAAUGAUCUAUCUGGUGAUGAAAAAAUACGACAAGUCUUGGACCAAAUAAAAAGUUUAUCAGGAAACAUUGGACGAGUCUUAAAAGGGGAAAAAAAUCAGGUUCUUACCCGUAAUGAUAUUAUUGUAUGGUACAUUGACUGCUUGAGACUUGCAACAUCAGACCAGCACUACAACAAUGUCACCGAUUGUGCUAAUACCUCCGAACCCACAUCUUUAUCCCCAAUUGAGCAGUUAUUGAAGGUCCCCGAACGACGUCGCCGCGUGGGAAACAAAAUAUUCAAGAUGAAAAUUUGUGGUGUUAUGACGACGUCAGAGAUCUUAGCUUCAUACAAGAAGUAUGAAGAGGAAAAAGAGAAUGAUGAACUGAAGAAGUUGGAACGAAAGAAGGCAGCUGCUGAAGUUAAAAAGCGUGUCCUCGAAAUGAAAAAGGGAGACCACUCUGGUGACAAAAAGAAUAGAGGACGACCAAAGUUAGAGAGACGAAGACCGCUAUAA